AUGCUCGUCUCUACUCGCCUGCCCGCUCUCAUCCUCGCAGUUGCAUAUCUCGCAAUUGCAGCACCCUCCUCAUCUGGCGCCAGAGUCCCUGCGGGCGCCGAUACCACGGAAGUUGUCGAUACCCAUCUGACUAUCGAGGAGAAAGGUGGUUCGACGGUCGAGCCUGACUCGACGACAUGUUAUGUACGAGGUGAUUAUUGUCAAACCGACUCGGACUGUUGUGGAAGAAUUUGCUAUCCAUUUGCUCCAGAGAUGGUUUAUGGAUUUUGUUAUUGA